GAAUUUUCAGUGGCUGUUGUAAUUGUGUUUGAGUGCCUGGAAUUUAUUUCUUCAUUUUUUCUUGGUUAACCCUUCAAAUUCUCUGCAUUUAUCUAUUUGAUAAAUAAAUAACGGCUUCCACGUUUUCUGUUUGUUUUACAGCCGUUAUAUCACUCCCACUUUAGCACAAAACAAACAAAAAGGAGGAAUAAAAUUGGAAAUAUUUUUACUUGAAUCUGUGUACAUUUUUUUGGGUUUUCCCAUUCUCAUUAAAGUAUGAAAUGGAUUCCUUGAUGUUUUCUAUUUUGCGCUAAAAAUCUUGAUUUUGAGUUGGUGGUGUUGUGAAGAAUGAAGAAGCUAAUUGAUUUUGAGUUGGACAUGAUUGAAUUUCUUAUUAAUUUCCAUGGAUUAUGUUUCGCAACAUGUACUAGUGAUGAAUUAUCCAAAAUGUAAUCAAGUAAUUUCUAAGGAACUCAGGCCUUUGUACGAGCCACUGUGUAUGAACAACAGAACAAGAGGGGUAGCUUUCUGGUUGAGAAACUUUCCGGUACUCACUUUAGAAAUGCUCAGCAAUAGCUAGUAAUGUUCCUGUAGCAUAUAGAUUUGGCUAUGACCCUGACCCACUAUCGACCCUAUUAGCUUUUGGCUAUGACUUUGAUCCGCCCCUGACCCUAUGACCCUGACCUGACCCUAACCCGUAUAUAUUUUUCUAUGACCCGCAAAUGACCCGCCCCAUUAGUGACUCGCCCCGACCCAUCCCGACCCGCCCAAUAACCAGGCCUAAGUGUAUCCAGAACUACGGUAUGCGUGUUACUGUCGUCGAAAAACUUAAGACGCACUUCGACGACCUGUCUACUGAACUUAAUACUGCCGACUCUAGAGAUAUCAAUGAUUUUGAAAGUUUGGCUGAGGAAGUGUCGUAUCACAAGAAUUCUAUGUGGGAGUAUACAACCAACAUGAGAAGUAAAACAUCCCGCGCUCAAUCAAAGGCUUAUUCUGAUGUACUUAAGCUGCAGGGCAUUGAGUUCCCAACUCUUGUUGACAGGCACAAGAACAGGCUUGGAUAUAAGGAUGAGUUCGAGUUUUUGGAAGAAGACCAGAAGCUUGAGGAAUGGUUGUUAGAGCCGAUGUCAUCUGGCUGA